UCACAUCGAAACAUGAAGAAUGUGCCAAUGAGCUACAGCAUUGUGAACAGCGAUACUACCUAAACUACAACCUUGUCCCCGUCGUCAAUGGAUAUUUAGAAAAUGUCUUCUGGAAAACUUAAUGCAGCAUUCUCAAGACUAAAGCUAUUCUCUUCGUUACUUAUAUUUAGAUUCACAGGCACAAAGCUACCAGCAAAGAUAAAAAAAAUGGUGUCUCAAACAGAUUCAGCCACAAGAGAGAGUGUGAUAGUCGUGAUGGAUGCUAAUAGAAACAAAGGAAUGGUGGACGUGGUUGACUGGGCUCUUAAACAUGUUGUUCGCCCCAAGGACACCGUGAUUGUUGUCGGAGUUCUAGCUGAUAUACGAAAGAAGAACUCUUCUUGCUUUCCCAUAAACAUGGGGAUUAACAUCUAUGGAAUAUUGGAAAAAUUGGAGUUUUCAUCCGGACACCCAGAAGCGAAACCUAGAGAGCUUGGAGAAGAAAUUGAGAGAAAAAGGGAACAAUGCCAGGCUAACCUCCAGCCAUUCUAUCGACGAUGUAAAAGAAAUGAGGUGAAGUUGGAGGUCAAACUUGCAGCAGGAUUAUGUCCUAAUGAAAUAACACUCAAAGAAGCAGAAAACUCUAACACACGUUGGAUUGUUCUAGACAGCCACUUAAAAGAGCACAAAUUGUAUAUAUAUUGGCAUGUAGGAUGCAAUGUUGCAGUAAUGAAAGGAAAAGAUGUUGCCACCUUGAUGCUAUCAAGAGCUUCCAAGCCUGACUCCUCUCCUGCAAGUUGUGAAACAGCUGAUGACGAAACUUGCCCCGACAAUCAACCUCUGAACGAUCAGAAAAAUGGAGACCAGAAUCCCGUUGAGGAAGGGGAAUCAUCAAUACCACCGCCUCCGAAAGGUCCCUGUUGGUAUCCAUUGCAAUGGAGAGCGGGUUUUCCUCGACAUUUUUCUCUGAGUGAAAUUGAAGUGAUUACAAAUGGUUUUGCUGAUACAAUAUAUGGUAAGGAAUACUAUGAAGGUGUAUUGCAGAAUACACCUGUUAUAGUCAAAUCUUUUGAAGAUGAUGAACGGUUUUGGUCAAUGCUUGCGAUCCUUCUCCGGUUACGCCAUCGCAAUGUCAUGAACAUUGUUGGAUAUUGCUGCACCCGCACAAACAGAUUACUUAUACACGACUAUCCAAGUUUGGGUAAUAUUGAAAUGAACUUGCAAUGUGUUACAUCGGCUAGUAACCUGUCUUGGACAACAAGGUGGUAUACUGCUAUAGAAAUAGGUUGCAGCUUGCGCUAUCUUCACGAAGAAUGUCCAGAUGGGCCAAUUGUUCACCAGUCUGUCUGUUCAACUAACAUUUUCUAUGCUCAUGGUUACUCUGCGAUGCUGGGCAAUUUUAUAACUGCCAAGUCGCUCAAGGAUGUUCCCUGUAAUGGGAAGUCAGCAGUCAAACGCCUAAACCUAGAGGAAGACAAGUGCCUUUCUAUGGACUUACAUGACUAUGGAAUGUUUCUUGUGGAGCUUAUAACUGGGAAGAUAACCAAUCGCUUUCCACAUGAAAGCGAGGGUCAAUCCUUGAUAGACUGGGCGCUGCCACUUCUAGAAAGUGGUUCACUCAACCAAGUGAUGGAUCCGAGAUUGACAGAUAAGGAUGAUGAUUCAAGGGUUGUUCAAUACAUGGCUCGGGCUGCUUUGCUCUGUCUGAAAAACGAUCUGGGUCACAGGCUUUCCAUAAGCGAGGUCUUAGCUGUGGUUCGAGGAAAGCAGAUUGCAGUGCUUUGGUUUUGAAUUAAUCAAAAAGAGUUUGUAAAUUCUUGUUUGUAGGUAUUCAGGUCAAAAGAGGAACUCUUAUUGCUUGUAAAAGAGUAUUGUUAAAGGAACUGAAUGCAGCAUUACUAUAGAUAAUGCAGACUACAUAUAGAUAUAUAUUUUAUGAAAGAGGGAGGUUCGUACA